UGUUGAGUAAUAUUUAUAGAAUUUUGUGAGCAACCGUUUUCCAUUACUACACAAAUUUUCUUCACUUGUAAUAUUACACAAUUCUUGAUUCAGUUUUUUUCUUCAGUUGUCAAUAAUUUUCAUAGAAGAAACUUCUUCCGUGCGCUUGAAUUAUAUUCACUUCAUUGGAAAACCGCUUUGUAUAAAGAUGAUUUCCGAUAAUUCUCCGCUCAGCAGCGAACACUCUGAAGACGAUUCGUUGCCAUCCAAUUACCAUUGGCUCCGUUUCAAAUGGAUGUUUUGGAAAAAUUGCUGCAUGCAUUGGAACACACGCUGGGAAUUUCUAUUCGCCGUACUUAUGCCCAGCAUAUGCAGUCUCAUAGCAGUUAUCCUACGCAUUAACAUACCCGCCGAACACCUCACGACCAUAACUUAUGGCGACACGGAUAUUCAAAAAGCAUGGAGGAACGUCAUACGCGAAGUUGAUACGCGCGGAGGUAUUCUAGAAGAAAGUUUUGAUAAUCCAGUACAUACUCCAUAUGUACCACACCUUGGCAUCGCGUAUGCGCCAGAUUUCGAAGCAAUUAACAACAUAAUGGAGUUCACAUUUAAUAAGUUCGAAUGGGACAGUCCAUUUAUAACCUUUAACACAUGCGAUGAACUUCGCGAGAAGAUGAGGACCGAACACUACUUUGCUGGAGUAUGUUUUAAUGAGGACGUCUUUAAUGUUGAAACUGAAUCCAUAUACAAAAUUGGCAUAUAUCCAAAUCGUUUGGAUUACAUUAUUAUAUUUCCCAGCGAGUUGCGCUUAUAUCAGGAAUAUAUAGGCGAAACAUGGGACACAACAAAUGUAUAUCCGAAUUUAGGGCAGCAAGAACGUAAAGGUGGUCCAAUACCCUAUAUAACGGAAGGUUUUAUCAUGAUACAGAAGUCGAUCUCAGAAGCGUAUAUAAAUUUAACUUGCAACGUCACGGUUGAAGAUGACAUUGUAUUAAGGAAAUUUCCAAAAGCCGAGCGUUAUUAUGAUCCACUUUCGGAAAUGUUGGAGAUGCGUUUGUCGUUAUUGAUAUCCAUGGCGUACAUAACCACAAUAUUGUAUUUAUUACGAGUGGGUAUACUUCAGCUACGAGCAUUUAUUUUAUGUUGACAUGAUUAAUGUAUUUU